AUGGAGUUCCACCUAUCCUCCGGCGCCGACGCCGCCUCCGCCGUCUGGCACAGCUUCCUGCGCCGCAGCGACGUCAAGUCGCGGGACGGCACGGUCACGCUCGUGUGUGGCGCCAUCGUGCUCCGCGCCGGUGCCGAUGCCGAUGCCGGCGUGCCGGCCUCGGACAUCGGCGAGCACCUCGGCCGCCUUCUGGACAUUGAUAACAACAACAAUGGCUCCAACGUGUCCUUCCUCGUGGGCGGCGAGACGUUCCACGCCCACCGGGCAGUGCUCGCCGCCCGGUCGCCGGUGUUCAAGGCGUCGCUCCUCGGCGGCAUGGCAGAAUCCACCAUGCCCUGCAUCACCAUCAAGGAGAUCUCGCCCGCCGUCUUCGCCGCCCUGCUCCGGUUCAUCUACACCGACGCGCUGCCGCCGGGGAUCGGGGACCAUGAGCUGCUCCGGGGCCUGCUGGCGGCGGCGGACCGGUACGCCAUGGGCAGGCUCAAGGCCAUGUGCGUCCAGGAGCUGUGCGGGAGCCUGUCGACGGCCACGGUGGCGGACACGCUGGUCAUCGCGGAGCUGCACCAUUGCCAGGAGCUCAAGGCCAGGUGCCUCGAGUUCUUUUUGGUCGAAGGGAACUUCAUGGAGGCGGCCUUGACCGACGGGUACGUGCGGCUUAUGCAGGAGUUCCCGGGGAUCAUGGAUGAGCUGCGUGAGUACAAGGCGGAGUACGACAGUAUUGGACCCUUGUUCUAG